AUGCAACAGCUUCAUACUCUGGGCAACAAUGGUGCAUUUCCAUAUGAUGUGCCUUCACCUAUCGUUCUGGCAUACAAAAUUGCUGGUAGCCACCAUCCCAAUGUGGUGCCAUCCCAAUUUAAAGGGAAAGCUGCUGCACACAAGAGGAAGGCACCAUCUGUGCCCUCUGUCACCACAACUGAGCCACCAGCCAAGCAAAAAUCAGGUCACGGUGGUCAUGCUUCAGGUACUCUGAAUUACAGUGAUGAUGAUGUUGCUGCACUGAUUGAUGUGUGUGCAAACUGUCUUCCACUUGGUGCAAAGGGUUGGCUUACCAUCAAGCAAGAGUUUGCUGUGUGGGCAGAUAGCCAUGACCAUCCAACUCAUUCUGCAAAAUCUCUUGAGCUUAAGUUUAACCAGCUAGUUCACACCAUGAAGCCAACCAGUGAUGCUGAGUGCCCUUCUCACAUUGAACAUGCUCACAAAAUUGACUUCCUCAUGAACAAGAGGGCUAGUACCCAAGAUCUUGAUGAUGACAAAUUUGCCGAUGAUGUCAUUAUUGUUGGAAGUGAUGAAGAUGAGCCUCAACAUGUCAGCAUGCCAAAGGUCUCUGUCAAAAGGGAGAUACAGGAGCCCGCACUUCUUUCCCAUCAUUCUGUUGCUACACCUACUCCACAACCAUCUUGCACCACAUAUGCACCAGGUCUUGAUCUUCUAACAUUAAUUAUGGCUUCACUUGGUCCCUGA